AUGGCUGUUAUCAAUGAACAAGGAGAACCGGGCGCAUUUUUUAUGUGCACCGAAACAUCACCCCGUUGCUAUAUCAUCCAACGGGUGAAUUCUAAUAAUAUUGAUCGCAUGUUGGAUGACAUGAUGGUGCCAUCUGGUGAAUGCGACACACCUCCUACACCAAUGUUACCUUGGUGGUUUACAGCGGAAUGCGAGAAUCAACUCCUGGCUGCAUCGGACCCACCUCUAAUGCAGAUGCCGAUGAAUAUCUCUGCGACGCUACCUGUACCACCACCGCCACUACCGCCACCUCCACCAUCUUUAUCAAGGGUAGCUUCACCGACUCAGCAAAUAGUUUCAACCGCACCUGUUUCCCAAUCUCCUGAACAAAUUAAGCAGCAGCUUAAAGCUCAGCUGGAAUAUUAUUUCUCAAGGGAAAAUUUGAUGACUGAUAGGUUUCUACGGUGUCAGAUGGACAACGACCAAUAUGUACCAAUACAAAUUAUUGCCAACUUCCCAAAAGUUAAACGACUCACUAAUGACUACAAUUUGGUUGUGAAAGUAUUGCGAGAAUCAUCUCAGGUACAGGUUGAUGAAGAAGGACAACGGGUACGAGCGGUUUCAAAACGGUGCACUAUUAUCUUGCGUGAAAUACCUGAAUCCACAGACGAGAAGGAAGUAGCAUCAAUGUUUGUUGGUGCGCCAUCAUAUCUCAGCCUGCAAUACGGCCUCAAUAAUAGCUGGUAUGUGACGUUCGAGUCGGAAGAAGCUACGGAACGUGCAUUCUUGCACUUGCAGAAUCUCGGCAAGACUUUCAACAAUAAACCGAUCUGCGCACGAAUAAAAACAGGUGGCGCCCCAUAUUCAGAACCAUUGAACUUGAUUACGGAUCGAUCUCCAUCUGCCGUGCCGUCGGAAAUUUCGGGUGACCCCAUUGUGUCUGUUCCGGUCGCGCCUACUCCUUCACCAUGUUCAUCCGAUAGUUUCGAUUUGGGCCAAAUUCUGGCCAGUUACGGGUACGUACCAUGUGCAACUUUUAAGCCUGGUACAACGGUUGUUUAUAUCACUUCUGUAACUUCUAAUCGAAGUGUCAAUCAUAAUCGAUUGCGAGGUGCUGGCACUACUGGACUAAAUAAUUCUAAUUUUCGAGGUUCCAGUUCCAGAGUGCGAACUGGUUUCGUGUAUAAUCAGCGAGUCUGCACCAGCGAUCAUCGUGAUUUUAGUACAAGUAAUAAUUAUCAGCAUGGAGGAGGUCGGCGAAACAAAAACCAUGGUGACGCUCAUCGUGAUGGUUAUCGGGAUAGAAACAACGAUUCUCUAACCUUUGUUCGCCCUCGUGGCCGGCAAAAUCGUCUUAAUAAUUUUUAUUCUGGUCGGUUUUUCAUUGGCACAGUGCGGAGUAGGACACUAGCUGAAUCGCAAAAAAGUAAUCAAAACGGUAACAUACAACAGCGCUACGAUCGUGAUCAAUCAAGCGGCCGCAGCACGCAGACACGACAACAACGGCGUAAGCAGAAGGAUAUGUCGUUCCCUGGAACUUUGUCUGGGAAUAAUAAAAGUGUAACAUGUCCUCCGGUGAUUUGUCUACCGUCAGAAGAAGGCAAAAGAAGUGAGGAGCAACAGUGUUGUUCAAAAGCUAUCGAUGAUGAUUCCAAACUGGAAAGGAGCAAUUCUCGUAAAACUGCUGAUACAGAAUACAGCUUCGAAGAGGGUGCGUUUCCUUGUCUUUCUGAAGAAAUAUCUCCAGUGGUAGAGGUAAAAGAAUCAAAAUUGAGGAGUAAGCCAACAUUUAGUUCAGUAGCCGCUGGUAAAAGAGAAGGGAAGAAGGAAACAAAGGAAAGGAAAAGUUAUGCACAGACGCUGAAGCAAAAUAAUGGGGUAGAAAUGGCAGUUUGUUGUGUUUCUGGGGUGAACAUGACAGCUUUUACGUGUUGCAAUAUUGCUCACCUCCUUACGACGCACUUCCGCAUUCCCGAUCCGUCCACAGGAGGAGUUCUUAACGCUUUUAAUCAGUAA